AUGGAUUCCGGGGAAGCCCCACCUGUUCCGGGAAAACCCACAUUGAAGCGAGUGGCAGAUUCUGAAACUACGCUCUCUCCUGGACCAUGUGUUAGGUAUAUCUCAAUCAUGAGUGCUAUCAUUUGUAACUUUGUUAACAGUGUUUCUAAAGUAUCUUUGCUUCGGCAAAUUGUUGAUUUUUGUGGCUAUGGCGAACGUUGUAGUGAUAUUAUUGGCGAUUCUUGUGUCUACGGGAUUCCCCGUAGUAAUAUCGCCAAUGAUAAUUGUAGCUACGCGCUCCGCCAUAGUAAUAUUGUUUUAAAAUUGGCUCUGUUCCUCGGAACAGUGUUUACUCUUUUUAAUGUGGGACGGAAGAUCAUAUCUCUAUGGAAUGGAACGCCUGAACUGACGUCACCCGACGUCAGUGAAGUCAUCUCAGUUUACGAUAACAUUCCUAACGACCAAAGCAAGGCAGUAUCGGCUCUGAAGGAAGUCUACGACAAGAACUUGGAAAAUCUAGAGAUGGAAAUUCAACUGCUUGGAAACGAAAAUUCUCGUCUGCGUGCGACAUUGACUGAGAAGGAAAAUUUAUUCGAUGAAAUGACUAAAGACCUGGACAGUGUGCGACGAAGAGUUCUCGAUGAUUUCAAAGGAAGAAUGGACAGCCUGGAUAAGCAAAAUAGUCUGCUGGAGAGGGAACGACUGGAGCGAUCUCAAGAGGCUGCAGAGUAUGAACAAAUAAUUGGCCGCUUGGAAAAGGAGGUCCAGUCUUUGGUAGAAGGCAACAGGAAACUGGACAGUGAAAAGGAAAAGGAAGUUCGCGAUCUAAUGGAGGAAAUCCGAGGUCUUCGAGAUGAAAAUAUGGAAAAGGAUAACGUGAUAGAAAAUCUGGAAAGAAACAACAUUCAAUGUGAAGAGAUAAUGAACACUUUGCAGGAAGAGGUCAGGAAGCUCAGCCAACUUAACACAGAGCUGGAGACGAAUAUGGAAGGAAAAAUAGAAGACAUGGAAAAAGACGUCCAAAGAUUAACUGAGGAAAAAAAUGAAAUGGAAGGCAAUAUUAAUCGUCUUAUACUUGAGCUCAGUGAUCUUCAGAUGAAAAAGGACAUCCAAACAGAAAUGUAUGAGCAAGAACUAAAAGGAAAGGAAACGAAAAUAGAAGAUCUGGAGAACAUAGUCCAGAAUUUACUUGAAGACAACAACAAAAUUAAAAAUGAAAUGGAAAACCAAGUAAAUGACCUCAGUCAAGAGCUCAGUAAACAACAGGAACUGAAUAAGGAGGAGAAUGAAAAGUUUGAAAAAGAAGUAAUCGAAUUUGGUCAAACAAUUCAAGGUCUGGAAAAUGAGGUCGUCUCCUUGAUGGAAGACAAGGAGAACCUGAAAACUAAAAUGGAACAGGAAAUAACCGACCUCCAGUCUCGGAAUAUGGAAAAGGAUGAACAGCUGGAAGAAUUGAAAAAAGAAGUAAUUAGUUGUGGACGAACGAUUCAAGGUCUGGAAAAUGAGGUUAUCUCCUUGAUGAAAGAAAAGGAGAACAUGAAAAUUGGAAUGGAACAGGAAAUAGCUGAACUCCAAUCUCUGAAUAUAGAAAAGGAUGAGCAGAUGGUAGAAUUUAAAACAGAAAUCAUUGAUUGUGGACGAACGAUUGAAGGGUUGGAAAAUGAGGUCGUCCACUUGAUGAAGGAAAAGCAGAACAUGAAAAUUGAAAUGGAAAAGGAAAUAGCAGACCUCCAGUCUCUGAAUAUGGAAACGGAUGAGCGGCUGGAAGAAUUUAAAAAAGAAGUAAUUAAUUGUUGUCGAACGAUUGAAGGGUUGGAAAAUGAGGUCGUCCACUUGUUAGGAGAAAAGAAGACCCUGAAAGCUGAAAUGGAAAGGGAAAUAAUGGACAUCAAAGAAGAGGUGACUUACCAGCAGGAUAUGAAUUUGGAAAAGGACGAGGAGAUUGAAAAAUUGAAAAUGGAAGCAAUUGAAAUUGGAAAGACAAUCGAAGGUCUGGAAAAUCAGCUCAUCGAGUCGAUGGAGGAGAAUCAGAGGAUGGAAAAAGAAAUGACAGACCUUAAAGAAGAGUUGCUUUACCUGCAGGAUAUGAAUUUGGAAAAGGAUGAGGAGAUUGAAAAGUGCAAAAAGGAAGUAAUUGAAGUUGGAAGGGCAAUCGAAGGUCUAGAAAAGGAGGUCAUCGAGAUGAUGGAGGAGAAUCAGAGAAGGAAAACUGAAAUGGAAAAGCAAAUAAACGACCUCAAAGAAAAGUCGAUCAAUCUACAGUCACUGAACAUGGUAAAGGACAAGGAGAUUGAAAAGUGCAAAAAGGAAGCGAUUGAAAUUGGAAAGAUAAUUGAAGGUAUGGAAAAUGAGGUCAGUGAGUUGGUGGAGGGUAAUCAGAGGAUGGAGAAAGAAAUGACAGACCUUAAAAAAGAGUUGAUUUACCUGCAGGAUUUGAAUUUGGAAAAGGACGAGGAGAUUGACAAGUUGAAAAAGGAAGAAAUAGAAUUUGUAGCGACAAUUGAAGGCCUGGAAAAUGAGGUCAUCGAGUCGAUGGAGGAGAAUCAGAAGAGGAAAACAGAUAUGAAAGAUGUAAUGAACAACCUCAAAGACUUAAUCAAAAGGCACGAUAUGAAUAUGGAAAAUGAUAUAGAAUAA